CAUUUAUCCAUUCAGAGCAGCUCGAACUGAGCUGAAGGACAAACCUCAGCCGAGUUACAAUCAGGAAACAGUUUCAUAAAUUGGAUUAAGACAUCUGGAGCCCCGGAGACGUGUGGGCGGCAGCAGCUCUGAAUGGAUGAAUGAGAGCUCCAGGAUGACGGGAUAAAAGCUUCCAGCCGAGGAUCCUCCGGAGGUCUGACUCACUGCAGAUAGGAGGACUCAUGGCCUCCUGCGGUGUGUCCUGCCUGUGCAGUAAGACGAGCCAGCAGCAGAGCCGGUCCAGCUCCAGCCUCCACCCCCGGACGGUGCUGCUGCUGCCCCUGCUGCUGCUGCUCUACCUGCCCCUGUGGAGCCAGCAGGCCGAGGCCGUUGUCCACUCCAGCUUCCGGAGGCUGAGCGGACGUGAGAAGAAGGAGAUGCAGAAGGAGAUCCUGAGCAUCCUGGGCCUGCCGGGGCGACCCAGGCCUCACCCGCCACUGAGGCCGCCCUCCUCUGCGCCGCUCUUCAUGCUGGACCUUUACCACGCCAUGUCGGCCGAUGGUGAGGACGAGGGCAAUGAGAUCAUUGUGAACGGACCCGGCGUGGGGAAGUUCGGAGGGGCGACUCAGGUGAACCACGCUGCCCUGCCGACACUCAGCACGCACACGCCGCCGCUGGGGACGGUGGUGAGCGAGGCCGACACCGUGAUGAGCUUCGUCAACCUGGUGGAGCAGGAGCGCGACCUGCUGCAGCCUCGUCCUUACUGGAAGGAGUUUCGCUUCGACCUGACUCCUCUUCCUCAGGGUGAAACCGUCACAGCGGCAGAGUUUCGCAUCUAUAAGACUCUGACGAUGGGCCAGAGGGCGAAUCGAACGCUGCAUAUCUCCGUGUACGAGAUCCAACGAGAAAACAGACACAGAGAACCAGAGCUGGUGCUGCUGGACAUGCAGUCGGUUCCUGCAGGUCAGGAGGGCUGGUUGGCCUUCGACGUCACCUCGGCCUCCAACCACUGGCUGCUCCACCCUCGCAGCAACCUGGGAAUCAGGCUGUAUGUGGAGACUGAGGAAGACCGCUCCCUGUCUGCCGGCUGGAUCGGGCUGGUGGGUCGUCGGGGUCCUCGCUCCAAGCAGCCCUUCAUGGUGACCUUCUUCAGGGAGAGUCAGGUUCCCUGUCGGCCGCCGCGAGCCGUCAAACCUCAUCCCCGCAAGAAGAAACUCAAGUACGACCUCCCGGUGCCCAGCAUCCACAAUCGGAGUCCUGCAAACAACGGAGGUCAACCCUGUAAGAAACACGAGCUGUACGUCAGCUUCAGUGAUCUCGGCUGGAAGGACUGGGUUUUGGCUCCGACUGGAUACUCGGCGUACUACUGUGAUGGAGAGUGUUUCUAUCCUCUGGGCUCCUGCAUGAACGCCACCAACCACGCCCUCAUCCAGCAGGUG